AUGCUCCAACUGAUGAAGAUGUACUUCGUCGCCCCGCCCUCCGUUGAGAUCCAAGGCCUCAUGAACGCCCUCUAUGAAAACGAAAAGAAGAAGAAAGACGUCGGCCACUCGCGACUGGUCUCGUUCAUCCGACCGGCGCACCAGAUCCCCUAUCCUCCGCAAGAAGGGGCCGAACGACCCUUCACGUCCUAUCUCGAGCCUCACCCCACACUGCCGCUGUCCUACUUCCUGGACGCCACCUUCAACCCAAUCAUCGAGGCUCAGGUGGCGAGUGAGAAGCUGGGAGUCAGCAGCUACGCGCUGUCCCUCACGGGUCGACUCCCGUCGCCGCAGCACGGGCGCGAGCCCACUCCCACCAAAAAGCCGAGAGAAACGACCGAGUAA